AUGGUUCAAACUGUCAUAUUUCAUAAUGGGCUCAGAAAACUGCUGAUAAGCAUAUCCUGGGUGCCAGUUUUAAUGACAUUCAAUGAACAUGUUUGCAAUGUUGCGAAGAUUGAGGGAUCGUCAAUGAGGCCUACACUUAACCCAAAUGACCUGACACAUACUGAUUGGGUACUCUUGUGGAAAUUUGGAGCCAAGAAUGCCGAAACUCUUAAAAAUAAUGAUGUGAUUUUAUUCAAAGCACCAUCCAAUCCUAAGAAAGUGUACUGUAAGAGAGUAAAAGGUGUGCAAUACGACUCUGUGAAGACCAGGCAUCCGUAUCCCAAGGAAAUUGUGCAUAUUCCACGUAAUCAUCUUUGGGUAGAAGGCGAUAAUGUUUAUCAUUCAAUUGACUCCAAUAAUUUUGGUCCUAUCUCUACCGGCUUGGUGCUCGGAAAGGCCGUCCGUGUAAUAUGGCCGCCCUCGCGAUGGAACGCCGAUUUAAAUUCGAGCACCGGCAGAGGAGAUAUAGGGGUCAACGGCUUAGAUGUUUGA